CACGAAGAUGUUCCUGCUAAUAGCGAAAGUGCACUGUUGAAAGCUGUAUCGAGUCAGCCUGUCUCCGUUGCCAUUGAUGCUAGUGGCUCUGACUUCCAGUUCUACUCUAGCGGUGUGUUUACAGGAGAGUGUGGCACGGAACUCGACCAUGGCGUUACUGCAGUUGGUUAUGGAACGAGUGAGGAGGGGACCAAGUAUUGGCUGGUGAAGAACUCCUGGGGAACAAGUUGGGGUGAAGAGGGGUACAUAAUGAUGCAAAGAGAUGUUGAUGCAAAAGAAGGCCUUUGUGGCAUUGCCAUGCAGGCCUCCUACCCUACUGCAUGA